AUGACAAAGCUAAACAAAACCACAAGCCGAAUGUUAAAAUCCCCAGGCUCAGGACACGCAGAAAAUGCCGCAUAUCAACCAUGGAACGCCGAUAAUAUUAAUUCUGCGACUACAUCACCUUUUUUUUACGUCGUCGUCCGAGUACGGACAUCAGAAGACCCAGCGUGGCGGACCUUGAGAAUAAGAUCAAUCAGCCGAGCACACCUCUUCGAGAUGUCGGACCAGCGGGACCACCUCAAAUUGUCGAUGUUCAGGAAUCAUAUUCCGCCGUCGAAGACUCGACGGCGUACCUCACGGUUGGGGUGGAAGGUACGCCUGCGCCAACCUUCAAAUUCUAUAAGGGAAUCACCGAGAUCAUCGAAGGUGGCCGAUUCAAGUUCCUUACGGAUACAGAGACCAAUACGAUCACCCUCUGCAUGAGGAAGACGAAGCCCAACGACGAGGGCACAUACAAGAUCGUCGUGAGCAACAUCCAUGGCGAGGACUCUGCCGAGAUGCAGCUCUACGUUUCCGACGCCAGUGGUAUGGAUUUCCGUGCUAUGCUGAAAAAGAGGAAAUACCAGAAAUGGGCGAGAGAAGAGCAAGAACAAGAGAAGGUAGACUUGAAGGAAGUCGAGAAACCUAUGCCAGCUUUGAAGAAAGUCGAGAAGAAACCGGAAAGUUUCCUGAAGCCAUUGGUGGAUCAAUAUGCCAAGGAAGGCAAAGACAAGAAAGUCGUCUUCGAAGCGAACUUCUCAAAACCGAAUUGCAAACCAAAAUGGUUCUUCCGAAAGGACGAACUGUUCCCCUCAUCGAAAUACAAGUUCAAGAAUGAGGAAGAUUGUUACCAACUCAUUAUUCUGAAUCCUAAGGUUGAGGAUACCGGAAAGUACACCAUUGAAAUUUCAGGUGUCUCGAGCACAGGUUUCCUCAACGUCGAAGAACCAGACCCAACUUACACGUUCACGAAACCACUGGCCAAGAAAUCAAGUGGUUACACUAAACACGAAGUUUAUAUGGAAUGUACUAUUAGCUCUAACCUCGCCCAAGUCACAUGGUAUAAAGGGAAAACGAAGUUGGAGGAAGGUGAUUUGUACAGUAUAUCGAAGGACAUGAGUGGUGUUUGUCGAUUAACUAUAAAGAGUGCCACGCUUGAAGAUAGUGGCGAGUACAUUUGUAAGAUUAACAAACAAACCGACAAGACUGAGACUGUUCUAACCAUAGUUGAGUAUCCAUACAAAUUUGUAAAGGUGCUGAAGUCCCAGCAACUCGUAGAAAAGGAAACGUUGACAUUGGUCUGCGAGUUGGAUGAUGAGGGUGGUGAAGUUAAAUGGUUCAAAGGUGAUCAAGAGAUUGUACCUGACAAGAGACGCGAACCGAUUCAACAAGAAGUUGAAAGACACGGUGGCAGUGGAAAGAGAAAAAUUGGUACUGGAUGUGGAACUUCAAGACCAGACCGCACCUGCCGUCUUCUUGUUCAAUGGGAAACCGAUCGAACCUAACGAAAGGAUCGAAAUUAAGAAUUUGGGCGGUGGUAAACAUCAGCUGGUCUUCAACAGAUUAGAAAUGAGCGACGACGGUGAAAUUACUUGCGAGAGCGGACAAUUGACAAGCAGCUGUAAACUCACGGUGAACAAAGGAGAGAGUAAACCAAUCGCUGAAAUUCCCGAUAAAGUCGAAGGUCCUUCUAAUCAACCACUCGUAUUCGUUGUCCCAUACAAGAUCGAAGGAACGAAACAGAGCCAGGUAGAAGCUAAACUGUUGAAAGACGGCAAAGCAUUACCAUUGAAGGAAGUAGAAAUCGUUGUUGGUGAAGACAAAAUCACGUUCAAGAUCAAGAAACCUUCUCAUGAUCAGUCUGGUAUUUAUCAAGUGAAGAUUAGUAACAACCAAGGAGAGGAAGUCAAAGAUGUGAAUAUCAACAUGCAAGAUGUGCCGUCUCCACCUACGGACGUUGACGUCACCGAGGUCUUCCAAGACUCCUGCGUGGUGUCGUUCAAACCUUCAAAAGACGAUGGUGGAUCACCAAUCACGAAAUACGUGAUCGAACGUCUCGAUCUCAGCUUGAAGGCUCAAUGGGACAACGUUGGCGAAAUUAUGCCGGGCGAGAAAUGCGUUUACAAAGUGAAAGACCUUGUAGCGAAAAAAGAAUACAAAUUCCGUAUCAGAGCUGUGAACAAACUUGGCUCCAGCGAGCCCGCGAUGUUUGGAAAGCCAGUACUUGCGAAAGAUCCAUGGGACGAGCCAGGCAAACCCACAAACGUAGAAGUAGUGGAUUGGGACAAAGAUCACGCCGACUUAAAAUGGGUGAAACCAGAAAGUGAUGGUGGAGCACCAAUCACAGGCUACAUAAUCGAAUACAAAGAGAAAUUCGGUAAAGAAUGGGUGAAAGGCAAAGAAAUCGAAGGAAACGUAACGGAAGCUACCAUCGAUGGUCUUAAAGAAGGCACCCAAUACGAAUUCAGAAUCAGAGCUGUGAACAAAGCUGGACCUGGUGAACCGUCAGACGCUACGAAACCAAUUAUCGCCAAAUGUCGAUUCGUCAAACCGUAUAUCGAGGGUGAUGGUUUGACUAAUUUGGUCAUCAAGAAAGGACAAGUGAUCAAAUAUGAUAUUAAAUACGCUGGUGAACCCGAACCGGAAGUCCAUUGGUUCCUUGGAGAAAAAGAACUUGUUCAGGACGCAGCUGAAAGAAUUACUAUUGAUAAGUACGAGAGGAACACGGUGUUGACUGUUAGAAAAACGACUAGACCAGAUUCAGGCAAAUACAAGCUGGUUUUGAGUAAUAGCUCUGGAACCUGCGAGAGCAUCGGCGACGUCGUUGUACUUGACAAACCAUCGAAACCAAGAGGUCCACUGAAAGUCGAAGAAGUCCGUGCAGACCACGUGAAGGUAAAAUGGCAAAAACCGGAAGACAAUGGUGGUACAGACAUUACCGGUUAUGUUUUGGAAAAAAUGGACAUGGACACUGGACGAUGGAUUCCUGCCGGCGAAGUGGGACCAAACGAAGACACAUUUACCUUUAGUGGUCUAACUCCGAAGAAAAAAUACAAAUUCCGUGUGAAAGCUGUGAACAAGGAAGGCGAAUCCGAGCCACUCGAAGUCGACGAGGCAAUUCUUGCCAAGAAUCCAUAUGACGAGCCCAGUAAACCUGGUAAACCAGAAAUCUUCGAUUACGAUAACGUUAGCGUAUCCUUGAAAUGGACUAAACCUGAGAGCGAUGGUGGUAGGCCAAUCACUCACUAUACCGUCGAGAUGAAAGACAAAUUCGCGGUGGAUUGGGUGGAGGUGACGAAAACCACUGAUGCCACUCCGGAAGCAAAGGUUGAGGGCCUGAAAGAGAAAAUGGUUUAUCAAUUCCGAGUUCGUGCACACAACAAAGCAGGUCCAGGACAACCUAGCGAACCUACGGACAACCAUCUCUGCAAACACAAGAACCUUAAGCCAAGAAUCGACAGAACCAACUUCAAAUCCGUGAUCAUCAAGGCUGGACGAACGCACAAAUGGUCUGUGGACAUCAUUGGAGAACCACCGCCAGAAGUUAAAUGGGUCUGGAGAGAUAAUAUCCCUCUAACUACCACGGAACGCAUUAAGAUCGAAAAUGUCGAUUAUCAUACAGACUUUACCAUCGUGAACACGACGCGGAAAGAUACUGGAAAAUAUACUCUCAAGGUGGAGAACGUUAAUGGAAGUGACGAAGAGACUGUUGAACUUACAGUUCUUGGCAAACCGGAAGCACCAAAGGGUCCAUUGGAAGUAACAGACAUUACAGCAACCUCGGCAAAGGUGAAGUGGGAGAAACCAGAAGACGACGGCGGUGUCCCGAUCAAAGAAUACGAGAUCGAAAGGUUGGACACGAAGACUGGCAAAUGGGUGAGAGUGGGAAAAAUUCCAGGCAAUUCGCCGAAUACAGAAUUCGAGGUGACUGGAUUAAAUCCAGGCAGCGAAUACAAAUUCCGUGUAACUGCCAUCAACGACGAAGGUGAUUCCGAACCACUUGAAAGCGAACGUCCGAUCAUCGCUAGAAAUCCAUACGACGCGGCAGCUAAACCUGGAACACCUGAGAUAACCGAUUACGACAAUGAAUCUGUAAGUUUGAAAUGGACUCCCCCGCCUUCUGAUGGUGGUGCACCAAUUGAGAAAUACAUCAUCGAGAAGAAAGAUCGUUAUAAACCAGACUGGGAAAAAGCGAUCGAAGUACCUGGAAAUCAAUUGGAGGCUAAAGUGGGCAACCUGAAGGAACGAGGAGAAUAUCAGUUCAGGAUUAUUGCUGUGAACAAAGCUGGACCAUCUCCGCCAUCAGAUGCUUCGAAGAUGCAAAUAUGCAAGCACAAAGCCUUGAAACCAAGAAUCGAUCGCACAAACUUGAAGCCUAUCACCGUAAAAGCUGGCAAGGCGAUCAAAUACGACGUGGACGUACGCGGUGAACCUCCUCCAGAGAUCACCUGGUAUCACCGUGAUCAAGAAGUUAAAACCGGCGCAAAUAUCGAAAUCAUUAACGUCGAUUACAACACAAAGCUCAAUAUUACCGAUAGUGUGCGCAAGAACACUGGAGUAUGGAAGAUAAAGGCUGUAAACGCACACGCGUCUCCUGGAAAACCGAAGGGUCCUUUGAAAGUGUCCGAUGUAACGAAGAACGGUUGCAAAUUGAAAUGGGACAAGCCAGAAGAUGAUGGUGGAAAACCUUUGAGUGGGUAUGUAGUGGAGAAACUCGACAAAGCCACCGGAAGAUGGAUCCCGGUUGGACGUACCUCCCCUGGAGAAACCGAGCUAGAAGUUAAAGGUCUCCAAGAAGGUCACGAAUAUGAAUUCAGAGUCAAAGCAGUUAAUGAAGAAGGCGAAUCCGAACCACUGAUCACUGAAAGCACGACCAUUGCAAAGAAUCCUUAUGACAUAGCCAGUAAGCCUGGUGUACCAGAGUUCGAAGAUUGGGACGUGGAUCGUGUCGAUUUGAAAUGGGAACCACCGAAAAAUACGGGAGGUGUAGCUAUCACGGGUUACAUAAUCGAAAUGAAAGAGAAACCAUCGAACCAAUGGGUAGAAGCUGUUACAACCGAAUCACCACAACCAAAAGGACGCGUCACAGGCUUGAAAAAAGGCUCUAUUUACCAAUUCCGUGUACGUGCUGUUAACAAAGCUGGGCCAUCCGAGCCGAUGAAGCCACACAUCAACCGCGAGAAGCUACAAACGAUCAAAGUAAGAGCAGGUCAAACGGUGAAACUAGAAGUCGACAUCGAAGGUGAACCACCACCAACAGUCAGUUGGAUCUUCGGUGGUGCAGAGCUCCAAACUGGAGCCAACGUGAAGAUCGAUAAUGAAGAUUAUCUAACAAAGAUUCAGUUGACUCAGACCAGUCGAAAACUCAGUGGCAAAUACACCAUCAAAGCCGUGAAUACUUCUGGACAGGACGAGGCCGACGUUGAAAUUGUAAUUCUCGAUAAGCCUGGGAAACCAGAGGGGCCUCUCGAAGUGACAGAUAUUCACAAGGAGGGAUGCAAAUUAAAAUGGAACAAGCCAAGGGACGACGGUGGUUUACCUUUGUCUGGCUACUUGGUCGAGAAAAUGGACACAACGACAGGUCGUUGGGUAUCAGCUGGAAUGGCCGAUCCAGACAAGACAGAGUUAACUCUGACAGGUUUGGAGCCUGGCAAGAGAUACGAGUUCCGUGUGAAAGCUGUGAACGAGGAAGGAGAGUCGGAUCCUCUGCAGACGGAUGUUCCUAUCGUCGCUAAGAAUCCUUACGACGUACCUGGUGCGCCUGGCCUACCAGAGAUCAUCGACUGGGCCGAGAACAUGGUGAAACUCAAAUGGGAGCCACCAAUUCGAGAUGGCGGGGCAUCUAUUACAGGAUACAUAAUUGAAAUGAAAGAUAAGUUUGGUACUACCUACGUGAAAGCUGCAGAGAUCGAUAAACCAGUUUGUACGGGAACAGUGACUCGAUUGGAGGAAGGAAAUCAAUAUCAAUUCAGAGUUCGAGCGGUGAAUAAAGCCGGUCCUGGUGAACCUAGCGAAGCUACCAAUCCUCACACUGCCAAAGCUCUGAAACCAUUCAUCGAUCGUACCAAUUUGCAACAGAUAACUGUGAAAGUUGGUCUCACCGUAACCUUGGAUGUGAACAUCAUCGGUGAACCACCACCAAAUGUGACGUGGUAUUAUAAAGAAAAAGAGCUUAAAUCGGACGAUACAUUACGUAUCGAUAAUAUUGAUUACAAUACCAAAUUCUUCAUUCUGAAGACUAAGAGAGCUCAUACCGGUACAUAUGUGAUUAAAGCGAAGAACGAAGUUGGCGAGGACACCGCCGAUGUCGAGAUAAUCGUCAUUGGUAAACCAAGCAAACCAAAAGGUCCUCUAGAAAUCUCCGACGUGAACAAACACGGUUGCAAAUUGAAAUGGGAGAAACCCGAUGACGACGGUGGUGUGCCAAUCGAAUACUACGAGAUCGAGAAAUUGGAUCCUCUUACCAGGCAAUGGAUUCCUUGCGCGAAGUCCGUGGAGCCGGAAGCCACUGUUACCGGGCUCCAAGAAGGCAAAUCGUACAAAUUCCGCGUGAAGGCGGUAAAUCGCGAAGGUGAAUCCGACGAUUUGGAAGCGGAUAAAUCUAUCAUAGCUAAAAAUCCAUUCGACGAGCCAGGCAAACCUGGUCGUCCAGAGCUGAAAAAUUGGGACAAAGACUUCGUUGAUCUCGAAUGGACGCCACCUAAGGACGACGGUGGUGCUCCAAUUGAGAAAUAUAUCGUGCAGAUGAGAGACAAAGAAGGACGUCAAUGGAUAGACGUUGCUAAGGUUCUUGGAGAUCGUACUGUUGCCAAGGUCACCGAUGGCAUCGAAGAGGGUCACGAAUAUGAGUUCAGAGUGGUGGCUGUUAAUAGAGCAGGACCUGUGGCACCAAAGAUCGAUCGCAAGAAUCUACAGAGGAAAGUUAUGCGAGUGGGACAAUUGUUACGAAUCGAAGCAAAUAUACAAGGUGAACCACCACCACUCGUCACUUGGAAACUCAAGGAUGCCGUGCUUAAGAGCAUGGAUCGCCUUAAGAUUGAAAAUGAAGAUUAUCACACCACUUUCAUUAUAAGCAAGCUGCAAAGAUCAGAUGGUGGUACUUAUACUGUUAUUGCCAAGAAUGACAGCGGUACCGAUCAGGUCGACGUUGAGAUCCAUGUAUUGAGCAAACCUGGCAAACCAAAGGGACCACUCGAAGUGUCAGACGUGACAGCAGAGGGAUGUAAAUUGAAAUGGGAGAAACCCGAUGACGAUGGUGGCGAACCAGUCGAUCAUUAUGUCAUUGAAAGGAUGGACGUUGAUACCGGAAGAUGGGUACCUUGUGCCACGAGCAAAACUCCAGAGGCCGAUAUCACUGGCCUUAAUGAAGGCAAGGAUUAUAUGUUCCGCGUGAAAGCUGUCAAUUCUGAAGGUGAAUCCGAACCAUUGGAGACACCGAUUCCAACCACUGCCAAGAAUCCUUACACCGAGCCAGACGCUCCAGGCAAGCCAGAUCUGAAAGAUUGGUCCAAGCAGCACGUCGAUCUAAAAUGGAAAGCGCCGAAGAAAGAUGGUGGAGCGCCGAUCGAGAAGUACAUAAUCGAAAAGAAAGAUCAAUACGGCAAAUGGCAGAAAGCUGCCGAAGUUCCUGGAAACAAAACAGAAGGCAGAGUCGAAGGCCUGAUCGAAGGCCAGAAAUAUCAGUUCCGUGUGAAAGCCGUGAACAAAGGUGGUCAGAGCAAACCCAGCGAACCAAGCGACAGUCUAGUCGCCAAGGAUCGUUACGCAGCACCAAAGAUCGAUCGUACGAACUUGAAGGACCUAACGAUCAAAGCUGGCACUAACAUUCGAUUAGACGUGAAAGUUACAGGUGAACCACCACCAACGAAGACGUGGUACCUUAACAAAGUCAAACAAGAACCUGGUGGCGUGUUGAAUGUCGAGAUAGAAGAUUACAGGACGAAAUUUUUGGUAUCAUCAGCCAGCAGAGCUCAUUGCGGCACGUUAACGUUGAAAGCAGAGAAUAGCUCUGGAAAAGACGAAGCUUCGAUAGAGAUUUUGAUCUUGGAUAAACCUGGAAAACCAGAGGGUCCUCUGAAAGUGUCUGACGUGCACAAAGAGGGAUGCACGCUGAAAUGGAAUCCACCUUUGGAUGAUGGUGGUACACCGUUGGAUCAUUAUGUGGUUGAGAAAAUGGAUACUGAAACAGGAAGAUGGAUACCAGUGGGACGUACGAAAGAACCUACUAUGGUGGUGGAGAAUUUGGCACCUGGUCAGGAAUACAAGUUCCGAGUUUCUGCUGUGAACGCUGAAGGUGAAUCGGAACCUUUGGAAACUGACCAUGGAAUCGUUGCCAAGAAUCCAUUUGACGAACCUGGCCCUCCUGGUCGACCAGAGGCAGCCGAUUGGGACAAGGAUCACAUAGACCUAAGAUGGACUCCACCCUUAAACGAUGGUGGAUCUCCAAUCACUGGGUACAUAAUUGAGAAACGCGAGAAAGACAGUCCACGAUGGAUAAAAGCUUGUGAAACCGGGCCUGAGUGCAAAGGACGCGUCGAUAAUCUCGACGAAGGUGUCGAGUACGAGUUCCGUGUGAAAGCUGUUAACAUCGCUGGACCUGGUGAACCAUCCGAAACCAGCAAACCGAUCACAGCGAAAAGUCGACGACUUGCACCUAAGAUCGACAGAAAGAACUUGCGCGACAUCACGGUACGCGAGAACGAAGCGUUCCACUUCGAUGUCAAAAUCAUCGGAGAACCACCACCAGAUGUUACAUGGCUUCUUAAUAACAAGAGUAUUCAACAAACAACGUUCCGCAGGAUACAGAACGUUCCAUAUAACAGCAAGUUCUUUAAUGACAAACCCGAACGAAAAGACACUGGCAUUUAUAAGAUCACGGCUAUCAAUCAGUAUGGAUCUGACACAGCGGAAGUGGAAGUCACAGUUGUCUCUAAACCUGGCAAACCCGAAGGACCACUCGAAGUAUCCGACAUUCACGCAGAAGGAUGCACCCUCAAAUGGAAGAAACCAAAGGACGACGGUGGAGAACCGAUCGAAGCGUACCUCGUGGAGAAAUUUGAUCCAGAUACUGGUGUUUGGUUACCAGUCGGACCGGAAAUGAAGGUAGAAGGACUGACACCUGGACACGAAUACAAGUUCAGAGUGAAGGCGCUUAAUAAAGAAGGAGAAUCGGAACCACUGGAGACGUUCAGCUCCAUUGUGGCCAAAGAUCCAUUCACCGUACCAAGUCCUCCUGGUGCACCAGAGCCAGUUGAUUGGACCGCCAACCAGGUUGAGCUUACUUGGAAAGAACCAGUCAGCGAUGGUGGAUCACCGAUCACCGGAUACAUCAUCGAGAAGAAAGACAAAUACAGCACAAUGUGGGAGAAGGCUUUGGAGAUCGAAGUACCAACCACAAAAGGUCUUGUUCAUGGACUCAUCGAGGGUAACGACUACUUGUUCCGCGUGAUAGCUGUGAACAAAGCUGGACAAUCAGAGCCUGGCGACACCAGCAAAACAUUCACCGCUAAACCACGUUAUCUGGCACCCAAGAUCGAUCGGCGCAAUCUUCGUGAUGUUACGCUGUCGGCUGGUUCGCUAUUGAGAUUCGACGCUAAUGUGAUCGGCGAACCACCUCCGCACAUCGAGUGGCGAUACGGCGCUAUUCCUCUGCAUUCCGACAGAAAAGUGCAGAUCGACAAUUCCGAUUACAGCACGAAAUUCAGCAUACGUCCGGUGUCACGGGACGACAGCGGCGAUUACACUGUCACGGCCAAUAAUUCUUCUGGAAGAGAUUCUGUCACCGUACAAGUCACGGUUACCGACAAGCCAAUGCCACCUGAAGGUCCGCUUCAGGUGACGGACGUGCACAAAGAAGGAUGCAAGUUGAAAUGGAAAAGACCGAAGGACGAUGGCGGUACACCUAUCGAAUAUUACCAGGUGGACAAAAUGGACCCGGAGACUGGAUGUUGGGUACCUUGCGGACGAUCUACCGAACCUACUUUGGAAGUAAGUGGAUUGACACCAGGCAAAGAGUAUCUGUUCCGAGUUAGCGCUGUAAACGCCGAGGGUGAAUCUAAACCUCUGGAAGCUGAACAAGCAAUCCUAGCUAAGAACCCAUACGACGAGCCAGACAAACCAGGCGAUCUUCGUGUCACCGACUGGGACAAGGACCACGUUGAUCUUACGUGGAUACCGCCAGCGAACGACGGCGGUUCGCCAAUUACUGGCUACAUAAUCGAGAAGAAAGACAAAUACGGCGAAUGGGAGAAGGCGUUAGAAGUGCCAGCGGACGAAACAUCCGCCACUGUUCCCGACUUAAUAGAAGGCCAGCCGUACGAGUUCCGCGUGCGAGCCGUAAACAAAGCUGGCCCUGGCGAACCUUCCGAUCCAACGCCAACGAUCAUUGCCAAGCCGCGAAACCUGCCACCGAAAAUCGAUCGUACAAAUCUGGUGGAGGUCAGAAUCAAAGCUGGCCAGAACUUCGGCUUCGACGUGAAGAUUACGGGCGAACCUGCUCCAGUAACGAGAUGGAUGUUAGCGAAACGCGAGGUCCGACCCACCGAGCGUAUAAAAGUGAAACACGUGGAUUACAAUACGAGCCUCCACGUGAAAAUGGCUAGCAGAGCAGAAUCCGGAAAGUAUCAGAUCAUUGCUGAGAAUAUAAACGGCAUGGACGAGGAGUUUGUGAAGGUGACAGUUUUGGAUGUACCGAGCCCACCGCAGGGACCACUGAGAGCGUCUGAUGUGCACGCAGAAGGAUGUAAAUUGACUUGGAAACCACCAGAGGACGAUGGUGGUCAACCAAUUGAUAAAUAUAUCGUUGAGAAAAUGGAUGAAACGACUGGCCGUUGGGUACCUGCGGGAGAGACCGAUGGACCGGAGACUUCGUUGGAUGUGGAAGGACUUACGCCAGGACACAAGUACAAGUUCAGAGUUCGCGCGGUGAACAAGCAAGGGAAAUCGGAGCCGCUCACAGCGGCGCAGAGCAUCGAGGCGAAGAAUCCAUUUGACGAACCAGGUAAACCUGGCACGCCGAUUGUCUCCGACUACGACUCGGACUUUGUCGAACUUCAAUGGGAUCGUCCACAAGAAGAUGGCGGUUCACCCAUUACUGGUUACAUCAUAGAGAAACGAGACAAGUAUAGUCCUACCUGGGAGAAAUGUGCAGAAGUCGAGGGUGACGUGAAUCGUGGAAAGGUGCCCGAUCUCGUGGAGGGCACGCAUUACGAAUUCCGUGUUAGAGCUGUUAACAAGGCUGGACCCGGUGAACCCUCUGACGCUUCUAAAUCUCAUUUGGCUCGACCUAAGAAUCUUGCACCAAAGAUCGACAGAAAGUACAUGCUGGACGUGAAAGUGAAGGCCGGUGGCUUCUUCGACUUCGACGUUCCUGUUAUCGGUGAACCGCCACCAACCAAACAGUGGUCGUUAAAAGGAACAGUACUCAUAGCAAACGAUCGUAUCAAGAUCAUAAACGAAGACUACAACACCAAAGUCCGUGUGAUCGAAGCAAAACGUUCCGAUGCUGGUGUCUACACUCUCGAAGCAAAGAACACGAACGGCAGAGACAGUGCCACUCUAAAUGUAAACGUGCUGGACAUUCCGGCGCCACCAGAAGGACCCCUGAAGAUCGACAACGUGACGAAGAACGGUUGCAAUCUGAAAUGGCGUCCACCGAAAGACGAUGGUGGCUCAGAAAUUCUAUAUUACCAAGUCGAGAAAAUGGACACAGAAAAUAUGAGAUGGGUGCCUGUAGCAGAGGCUUCUUCGACUUCUGCGCAGGUGGAUCACUUGAUCGAAGGUCACGAUUAUCAGUUCCGUGUACGAGCUGUGAACAAACAAGGAGAAUCGUUACCACUCGUUGGUAUAGAUACUAUCACCGCGAAGGAUCCGUACGAUAAGCCUGAUAAGCCUGGAGCACCUGUCGCCACUGAUUGGGAUAAGGAUUACGUGGACUUGGAAUGGACACCACCGAAGAAAGACGGUGGAUCACCUAUCACUGGAUAUAUUAUUGAGAAGAAACCUCGUUUCGGUUCGUGGGAGAAAGCUCUGGAGGUCGAUGGAGCAAAAACUAACGCCAGGAUACCGGAUUUGGUCGAAGGUCAGGAGUAUGAGUUUAGAGUCAUUGCUGUUAAUAAAGCUGGUCCUGGAGAACCAUCUGAAGCUUCGUCUCCUAUCGUUGCGAAACCACGACGACUCGCUCCAUCUUUCGAUCCACAUGCAUUGAGCGACUUGGUUGUUCGAGCUGGACAAAAGAUCAGCUAUAUCAUUCCUAUCCAAGCAUCGCCUAAACCUAUGGCUACAUGGACCUUGGACGGAGAGGUGAUCAUGGCCGAUUCUCGCCAUGAAAUGUUCACUACUAAUACUGAAACCACGUUUGAAAUUCCAUUCUCCGUUCGCUCUGAUACUGGUCGUUAUGCUUUAACCCUGCAGAACGAGCACGGAAAAUUCAGUUCAAGCGCCAGAGUCACCGUCCUCGACAGACCAUCACCACCACAGAAACCACUCGAAAUCAGUAAGAUCACCAAAGAAGGUUGUCACUUGGCAUGGGGUCAUCCACUGGACGAUGGUGGCAGUCCCAUAUUGCAUUAUAUUGUCGAAAAGAUGGAUUUGUCUCGAGGUACUUGGUCCGAUGCUGGUAUGAGCACGAUAUUGAGUCACGAAGUAGCACGAUUAACGCAUCGCAAAGAGUAUCUGUUCCGUGUGAAAGCUGUAAACACCAUCGGAGAAUCCGAGCCGCUCGAAGCACCAAAGAGUAUUGUCGCCAAAAAUUUGUUCGACGAACCCGAUGCCCCUGGAAGACCACAGAUCACAGACUGGGACAAAGAUCACGUCGACCUGCAAUGGCCAGAGCCAGCAAGCGAUGGUGGUUCUCCCAUUACAGAAUACAUCGUUCAGAAGAAAGAAAAAGGUAGCCCAUACUGGGUCAACGCGGUCCACGUUCCUCCAAAUCAGACAAGUACAACCGUGCCUGACUUGACGGAGGGACAAGAGUACGAAUUCCGUGUAAUUGCUGUUAACGCUGCUGGACAAUCAGAACCAUCUGAGCCAAGCGAUCUCAUCACUGCCAAACCUCGUUACCUUGCUCCAAAGAUCAAAACGCCUUUGCAAGACAUUCGAAUCAAGGCUGGCCUCAUCUUCCACGUCGAUAUCGACUUUAUCGGUGAACCGACUCCAGAAGUCACCUGGACUGUUGGAAGCAAAGAAUUGGAGACCACGAAUAGAACAACUGUUACCUCAAUUGGUUAUCACACUAUUGUUCACACUGUUAACGCUCAACGAUCUGAUUCUGGAUUGUAUCACUUGUUACUGAAGAACAGUAGCGGAAUAGACGAAGGUAGCUUCCAAGUUAUCGUUCUCGACAGACCCAGUCCACCGGAAGGUCCUCUGCAAUACGAAGAGAUCACAAGUCAAUCGGUCACGUUGUCAUGGAAACAACCUAAAGACAAUGGUGGUAGUGAGAUCACCGGAUACGUCAUCGAGAAACGUGAUUUGACUCAUGGUGGUGGUUGGGUUCCAGCUGUAACGCACGUGAAUCCGAAAUAUACCCACGCCACAGUACCGAGAUUACUGGAAGGUACAACAUAUGAGUUUAGGGUAAGCGCGGAGAACCUUCAAGGACGUUCAGAGCCUCUAACUACCGACCAAUCGAUCGUCGCUAGGAACCAAUUCGUUGCACCUGGACAGCCUGGCAAACCAGAAUGCGUCGACGCGGACAAAGACCACAUCAAGAUCAGAUGGGCAGCGCCAAUCAGCAACGGUGGAUCAAAGAUCAUCGGUUACGACGUGGAACGACGUGAUCGUGCAACUGGCCGUUGGUUGAAGUUAACUAAAGAACCAGUGAAAAGUACUGAAUAUUACGACGAUCACGUAACCGAGGGACACCAAUACGAAUACCGAGUCACUGCAAUAAAUGCAGCUGGCGCGGGCAAAGCUAGCGACACAUCCGCUGUAUUUAUCGCGAAACCAAUGAAAGAGAAACCGAAAUUGAACCUGGACGCGCUGAUUGGACGAAAGAUCAAGGUUCGCGCCGGAGAACCGAUCAAUGUUAACAUUCCAUUGUCGGGUGCGCCAACUCCCACUAUCGAAUGGACCAAGGACGCGAGGCCUCUUUUAGAAACUCUUCGAAUAUCGACCGAAACCAAGAGCGACCGCACGAACUUGUUGGUCGAAAAGUCCGUUCGAGAAGAUGGCGGCAUUUACACAGUCACAGCGACGAACGAGCAUGGAAAGGAUUCAGCCGACAUCGAGGUUGUCGUGGUCGAUAGGCCAGGUCCACCUCAAGGUCCCCUGCAAUACACUGGUACCACGCAAGAUUCUGUAUCCUUGUCUUGGAAUAAACCUCUGGACGAUGGUGGAUCCGACAUCACCAACUACAUCGUCGAAGUAUCAGAGUUCGGAGCUGAUAACUGGCGUCAAACACCAGGAUACUGUCCAAGAACGAGCUACACUGCCAAAGGUCUCACCGAGGGCAAGAAAUAUGUAUUCAGAGUACGAGCUGAAAAUAUGUAUGGUGUGUCUGAACCAUUGGAAGGCAAACCCGUCAUCGCCAAAAGUCCAUACGAUCCACCAGAUGCACCUAGUCAACCCGAAAUCCUUGGAUACACUCCCAAUAGUUGCAGUCUUUUCUGGAAUGCACCGCUUAAUACUGGUGGCAAACCUAUUACUGGAUAUUACGUCGAAAGGCGGGAACGUGGUGGCGAAUGGCUCAAAGUCAACAACUAUCCGACUCCGAACACAACAUUCACGGUGCAAGAUCUCCACGAAGGAUCUAAAUAUGAAUUCAGAGUCAUUGCUGUUAACGAAGCUGGAUCUGGUAAACCCAGUAAACCAACUGAGCCUAUCACUGCUGGACAUCAGCUGCGUCCUGAUGCCCCCGAACCACCGAAACCAGACAGAAUAACGAAAGAUGCCGUCACACUGAGCUGGCGACCACCACGCAGCGACGGUGGUGCUAAGAUCAGAGGGUAUUUCGUCCAAAUAAAGCAGAGAGGCCAGGACGAAUGGGACGACGUUAACGGUGCUCCAAUACCAACCAACGUGUACACAGUUCCGAAGCUCAACGAAGGAGAAGAAUACCUGUUCAGAGUGAUCGCAGUGAAUGAUGUCGGAAGAAGCGAUCCAAGUAAACCAAGUAAUCCGAUCGUUAUCGAGGAACAACCGAACAAACCUGUCAUGGAUCUCGGAGGAGUUCGCGACAUCACUGUCCGUGCUGGUGAAGACUUCUCCAUCCACGUGCCAUAUAUUGGUUUCCCCAAGCCCGCUGCCACGUGGUUUGCUAACGAUGUUGUCAAGGAUGAGACUGAUCCACGUGUACAUCAACAAUUGGGUGACGACUAUGCCAGUCUUGUGGUAAAGAAUGCGAAACGUUCGGACGGUGGACAGUAUCGUCUUCAGUUGCGCAAUUCUUCCGGUUUCGACACCGCCACCGUGAACGUUAAGGUGCUAGAUCGUCCAUAUCCACCUCAAAAUCUACAUGCUGAUGAAUUUGGCGGAGAUGCUCUUACACUAUUCUGGAAUCCACCGAAAGACAAUGGAGGCGCCGAUAUCACGAAUUAUGUCGUUGAGAGACGAGAACCAAAGGGAUCGUGGUCUAAGGUGAGCAGCUACGUGACGACACCAUUCUGCCGAGUAAGAAAUCUAACAGUCGGAAGCGUAUACGAAUUCCGAGUGAUGGCUGAAAAUCAAUACGGUACUUCGGAUCCUGUGACCACGAUAGACCCGAUCAAGGCCAGGCAUCCAUUCGAUCCACCUGGAGCACCUGGAACUCCAAGAAGCGUUGAAACGUCAGAGGAUAGCAUUACCAUUACUUGGACCAAGCCUCGACACGAUGGAGGUUCACCUAUCCUUGGAUACACUGUUGAGAAACGUCUACUGAGCGAAGACAAAUGGACGAAAGCUACUCCAUCUCUCGUUCAUGACACUACUUAUAGAGUGACUGGUCUGAUAGAGAAUUAUGACUACGAGUUCCGCGUAGCCGCAGAAAAUGCAGCUGGAAAAGGACCAUGGAGUUCCAACUCUGACGUGAUCAGAGCCAUCCCGCCAAGGAUCACGUCUGACCUCAGCAUCCGUGACAUGACGGUGAUUGCCGGAGAACCAUUCACGAUAACCGUUCCUUUCACGGCGAAUCCAAAACCAAGGCCAAGCUGGUCCAUCAACGGCGAGGAAGUGCUUACAGGCGAUAGAAUCAAAUUCGACACGACGGACAUCGCCUCGCAAUUCAUCAACAAGAAGGCCAAAAGAUCUGAUACAGGAACAUACACGAUCUAUCUUACGAACACCGUUGGCACAGAUUCUGCUUCGUGCAGGGUUCUCGUCGUCGACAAACCGUCUCCACCACAAGGACCACUUGACAUUUCUGACAUCACUCCUGAAACUUGUACGUUGUCUUGGAAACCUCCACUAGACGAUGGUGGUUCACCCUAUUGGGCGAAACUCAGCAGUUUCGUAAGAAACACUCACUACGACGUGAUCGGUCUUGAACCUAAUCGUAUAUACAACUUCCGUGUUCGCGCGGAGAAUCAGUAUGGAGUGUCAGAACCGUUGCAAGCCGAUGAACCGAUCACCGCGAAAUUCCCAUUCACGGUGCCUGAAGCUCCUGGGCAACCACGUGUUAUCGAUUGGGAUACUUCGAACGCAACUGUGGUAUGGACCCGGCCGAUGUCCGAUGGUGGAUCUCGUAUUCAAGGUUACAAGGUCGAAUUCCGCGACCCUGCGGACGAUGCCACAUGGCGAGUGGCGAACGACUAUCUCGUCAAAGACACCACCUACAUCUGUUACAACCUGUUAAGUGGACACGAGUACGAGUUUAGAAUACGCGCGAAGAACGCAGCUGGUUUCAGCAAACCCAGCCCACCAUCGGCACCAUUCAAGCUGAAGAGCAAGUUCAACGUGCCUUCACCGCCAGGCACGCCGCAGGUCGUGAAGGUUGGCAGGAACUACGUCGAUCUAAAAUGGGAAGCCCCGAUCUCCGAUGGAGGUAGCCGCAUCACCGGUUACGUGAUCGAGAAACGGGAGGUUGGAAGCGCACUCUGGGCCAAGUGCAACGAGUACAACGCCAUCGAUACAGAGUACACUGUUCUGAAUCUGAUGGAACGCGGAGACUACGAGUUCCGAAUCUUCGCGGUGAACGCUGCCGGAAGAUCAGAGCCAAGCUCUUGCACUACACCGGUGAAGAUCUGCGAGGUCGAGGGUGGCGAGAAACCGGAAUUCGUCAGACCUCUGCCGAUCAGUACGAACGUGCCACUUGGCAAAACUUUGGUCCUCGAGUGCGAGGCUACUGGGAAACCAUUGCCCACCGCAAGGUGGCUGAAGAACGGCAGAGAGAUCACAAUCGGCGGCCGUUUCCGCACCGAAGCUCUCGACGGAAUCUACAGACUCGUCAUAUCCGAUGUAAUGGACGCCGAUGACGGCGACUAUAGUUGUCAAAUCUCAAACCCACUCGGUUUAGCUACCACCACUGGCCGUCUGAAGAUCGGUACUCCGCCUCGUAUCGAGCGCAUGCCAGACUAUCUAUACCUAGCCGAGAACGACAACACGAAGAUCAAGAUCUACUACAGCGGCGACCAACCGAUGAACAUCACUCUGAAGAAAGACGGUCAGAAGAUCGUCGAAACCACUCACAUCAAGUACACCGUGUUUGACGAAUAUCUCAUCAUCUUCAUCAAAGACAUUCAGAAAGAAGACGCCGGGGUGUACGACUUAUCGAUCUCAAACGACAGCGGUAGCGUGAGCGGUUCGUUCAACGUGUACAUCACCGGACUACCUGGACCACCAACCGGACCUCUCGACGUCACAGACAUUAAUAAACACACGUGCACUCUCACCUGGCGGCCACCUAAAUUCGACGGUGGUCUUCGUGUCACUCAUUACGUCGUCGAACGUCGUGACGUCAGUCAUACACACUGGAUCAUAGUUUCUUCGUUCUGCAAGGAUUGCUCGUUCUUGGUACAAGGUCUGAUUGAAGGACAAGAGUAUCUGUUCCGCGUGAUGGCCGUGAACGAUAACGGAAUGGGACCUCCUCUCGAGGGAACCAAUCCUAUCAAGGCCAAGGCACCGUUCGAUCCACCUGGUCCUCCGGGAACGCCAAAGGUCACCGAGGUUGGCGGAGACUUCGUGAAUCUCUCGUGGGAGAGACCAGAAUCGGAUGGCGGCUCGAAGAUCCAAGGCUACUGGAUCGACAAACGCGAGGUCGGUGGCCAAGCCUGGCAACGCGUGAACGUGGCCAUCUGUCUACCUACUCAGAUCAAUAUCAGCAACUUAAUCGAGGGAAGGCAGUACGAGUUCCGAGUAUUCGCUCAGAACGCUGCUGGCAUCGGGCCGGAGUCGAAGGCCUCGACUUCCGUGAAGAUCACCGAUCCUCAAGCGGCCAAAGCCCCAGAGGUGAUUCAACCUUUGCACAAGGUGAGCUGCGUGCAGAACCACAACGCUCAGUUCGUGUGCAAGAUCGUUGGUAUUCCAAGGCCGACGAUCACGUGGUUCAAGGGAGCUCGCGAGAUCGUCAGUGGAUCUCGGUACGACAUAUACUCGGAGGGCGAUACGCACACGCUGAUCAUUCGCGACGUAUUUGGAGAGGACGCGGACGAGUAUGUCUGUCGCGCUGUGAACAAAUGCGGAGUUAAGUCGACUAAGGGUGAACUUCUGAUCAAGACGCUUCCGAAACUGAACGUACCGCCGAGGUUCAGAGAUACCGCGUUCUUCGAUAAAGGUGUCAACGUGGUGAUUAAGAUUCCGUUUACCGGCUACCCGAAACCGAAGAUCAGCUGGGUCAGAGAGGGAGAGGUGAUCGAGUCUGGAGGCCACUACACCGUAGACGUGAAGGAAAGGCACGCUGUACUCACGAUCAUAGACGGUAGUCGUAUCGAUUCUGGACCUUAUCGAAUCACCGCUGAGAACGACAUGGGUCAAGACUCCGCGAUCAUCAAGAUACAAAUUAGUGACAGACCGGAUCCACCGAGGUUCCCGCAGGUGGACAACGUUGGCCACGACUCGUUGGCUCUAACGUGGAAACCACCAGUCUGGGACGGCGGUAGCAAUAUCACUAAUUAUCUCGUAGAGAAACGAGAGCAUCCGAUGACCAGCUGGAUCAGAGUUGGCAAUACCAGGUUCUGUUCUAUGGCGGUUACUGGUCUCAGUCCUGGACACCAGUACGACUUCCGUAUUUGCGCUGAGAACAUCUAUGGAAGAUCUGACCCGAGUGAAGUGACACCAUUGAUCACGACGAAGGGAACUAUCAAGAGAGAGUUCAAACAGAAGGAGUACAAGGUGGACGAGACUGGCAAGAAGAUCCGCGGACGAAGCGACGAGAAGCCACGAGACUACGAUCAAUUUGUGUUUGAUAUUUAUAGUAAACAUGUCCCACAGCCGGUUGAGAUUAAACAUAUCUCGGUGUACGAUAGAUAUGAUAUUCUCGAGGAGAUUGGAACUGGCGCGUUCGGUGUGGUGCAUCGUUGUCGCGAAAGAGCUACCGGAAACAUAUUCGCGGCCAAGUUUAUCCCUGUGUCUCAUGCGAUGGAGAAGGAACUGAUUAGGAAAGAGAUUGAUAUAAUGAAUCAGCUACAUCAUCCGAAGUUGAUCAAUCUUCACGACGCAUUCGAAGACGAUGACGAGAUGGUGUUGAUAUUCGAGUUCUUGUCCGGUGGUGAACUAUUCGAGAGGAUCACAGCGGAAGGCUACAUCAUGUCCGAGUCAGAAGUUAUCAACUAUAUGAGACAGAUUUGCGAAGGCGUGAAACAUAUGCACGAAAAGAACAUUAUACACUUAGACAUCAAACCUGAGAACAUCAUGUGCCAGACACGCAAGAGCACCAACGUCAAAUUGAUUGACUUUGGCUUGGCUACGAAACUCGAUCCAAACGAGGUGGUCAAGAUCAGCACUGGCACUGCAGAAUUUGCUGCACCUGAAAUCGUUGAACGCGAACCUGUCGGCUUCUACACAGAUAUGUGGGCUUGUGGUGUCUUAGCCUAUGUUUUAUUAAGCGGCCUUUCGCCGUUCGCCGGAGACAAUGACAUCGAGACUUUGAAGAACGUUAAGGCCUGCGACUGGGACUUCGACGAAGAAGCGUUCCGCGACGUCUCCGAAGAGGGCAAGGACUUCAUUAGGCGAUUGCUCAUCAAAAACAAAGAGAAACGUAUGACCGCCCAUGAAUGUCUCCUUCAUCCGUGGUUGACCGGAGAUCACAGCAACCGUACAACACCAAUUGCAAGCAGUCGAUACCUGAACUUCAGAGACAGGCUGCGAGCUAAAUAUGAGAACUGGGACAAAUAUGUUCUUCCGAUUGGUCGACUAGCUGAAUAUUCUUCGCUCAGAAAGCUGUUGAUCGACAAAUACAAGAUCUAUGAUUCCUGCUUCGAUCGACGGCAAGCGGCACCAAGAUUCGUCAUCAAACCUACAAGUGCAUUCGCGUACGAAGGACAAAGCGUGAAGUUCACGUGCCGUGUAAUCGCGAUCGCCUCGCCGACUCUCACGUGGUUCCACAACAAUCAAGAGCUCAGACAAUCCGUGAAAUUCAUGAAACGAUAUCACGGCGAUGAUUACACGUUCAUCAUUAACAGAGUGAAACUGGAGGACAGAGGAGAGUACGUGAUCAGGGCAGAGAAUCAUUAUGGCUACAGAGAAGAGGUCGUUUUCCUGAACGUGCAACCGUUACCGAAGCAGAUUCCAAAAUACAGACCAGAACUGCAUCCAGUCCGAAGGAGAGAACCACUCGGCUACAACGUCUGGUUGGAGACCAUCGAAUCGGCACCAAGCUUCACCUUCCUCCUUCGACCGCGUGUCAUCCAAGUCAGACAAAACUGCAAACUCCUUUGCUGUCUUGCUGGCAAUCCACCGCCAACGGUGAAAUGGUACAAGGACAAAGAUGAACUGUCUAAGCUUCAUUACUCGAUGACGAACGCGGAUGGCGUUGUCACGAUGGAAAUCAUCGAUUGCAAACCAGAGGACAGUGGCAAAUAUCGUUGCGUUGCAUCGAACAAACACGGAAAGGAUGAGACUAGCUGUGUUGUUAUCGUCGAAGAUCGAAAAUUCAUCGAGCAACCGCUGAAACCAGCACCACCUCCGAUUAUAACGGUACAUAAAGCCGGUGGAUACAGUGGUUACAGUUCCACUACUACACAGGGUCACAAUUAUAGUAGUUCUACCACAAAAUACAAUUCCUCGAGUUCAUCUUCAUAUAAAGCUACAGAUUCCAGCACAGAAAAACGAAGUACCAAGAAAUACGGACUCGAUAGCACAGGCAGUCCAUCUCGUUCUAGGAGUACAACAAAAGAAUUAAUUUACGUUGAGUUCCUCGGGAAUUAUGAGCUUGAAGUAUAAAGGCGGAGUCGCAACUCUCGUUAUCAACGAGGUAUUCCCUGAAGACGAGGGCGAGUACGUUUGCCAAGCAAGCAAUAGCAUCGGUACCGUAACUACCUCCUGCAAAUUAACUGUGAAACCCAUGACAGACGCAGCCGCGAAGAAAAAGACCGACGACAAGCCUCCAAAGAUCGUAGAUCAUGUGACUAGUAUGUUCGUAAAGGAUGGUGAAGCUGUAACGCUGAGUUGUCGAAUAAUCGGUGCGAAGAAGUUCGACGUGGUCUGGCUUCACAACAACAAGGAAAUCAAACCUAGCAAGGACUUCCAAUAUAGCAGCGAGGCUAAUAUCUAUAAAUUGAACAUUGCCGAGAUCUUCCCUGAAGACUCUGGCACUUACACCUGCGAGGCAUUCAAUGAUGCAGGAGAGAGCUUCUCAUCGUGCACGUUAAACGUACUUGUUCCAAAUGAGGAACCGAAGAGUCCAGUCUUCACGACAUUCCCACAAUCCGCAACGGUAAGCGAAGGCGAAUCGGUUACAUUCGUAUGCAAGACUGAAACCGCGCCUCUGAAAGUAACGUGGUUGAAGGACGGGAAAACGCUCCCAGAAUCUAGCAGCAGGUACCUCUUCAGUUCAGACGGUGACAAAUCGUUCGAGUUGCGUAUCAAAGCAUGUACAGCUAGCGACGUGGGUCAGUAUGUUGCUCGCGCGAUCGGCAAGAAGGGUGAGACCAACGCUGCUUUCGCCCUGAACUCUCUAGAACAUUAUCGGGAGGACAACGAUACAAGAAGAAAAACUAUGUAAAAACGAACUAUAUAAAUGUGCAACUUGAAAAUAAUCGCGGUCAUAGGCGGCGUAAUGCUCGUGUAUAAAAGAGAAAUUGGUAAACUGUAUUUAUGCUAUUCUAUAUGUAAAUUAUCAUGGAAGGCUAUAUUUACUUUUUGUGUGCUUGUCAUAUCGCAAAAGAAAAAAAAAGCAAAACAUGUCAUUAUAUGAUAAAAGAAGAAUCCAAAGCGUUAAGCAAUACGGAUAGCACGCGCAAUCUAUACGCUAAUACGAGCUUUGCUGUAUACACGAAUUAGCAUAUUUUAAGUACACAAUCGUACACAAACGGCAGUGUAAGUUAUAAACGGAAAACUUUCACUAUAGUCAGAGCCGGCAGGAUAGCCAGCAUCCUCGUACGUUCAAACAACAACUUAUCUUGCUAAAUGACUAUACGAAAGAAUUUAACACUGCCGAAAUGUACAUCCUUAUUCCAUGUAAUCGUACGCACUGUCGUGUUAUACAUGUUUGAAGACUGCUUCCGUUACAAAAUUUCAGAUAAAUAAAAAAAAUGAUUCAAAUAUAAAAGUUGCGAAAUUUUUUAUUUCCGUUUGAUUAUUUCCAUUACGAUUUCAUAAAAUAUUUUACAUCGAUCAAGUACAAAAUACUUUGACAUCCUUAAGUACUACAAACCGCUUUUAAUUUUCGUUCACUUCUAUUCUCCUCCCUCCAUAAUUUUAUAUUUUUCAAUGUAUUCGCUACCGUUCAAUUCCGUUCGAAUUGAAUUUUAUUAUUUGAUAUUUGUAUGUACAUAAUAUUAGCGUAAUAUUAGCGGUUUGUGAAGCAUUCUGUAGUUACAUAAAUUUCAAUAUCUAAUACUUAAGGGUUGAUCCAAUACUUAAGAAUCAAUUAUAUGGUAUUGUAUAAAGUAUUGGGAUCUAUAAGAUUAGAAGAAUUGAAUCCUGGAAAAAUAGCAUUUUUGAAAUCGUUAUUUAUGUCAGCAUGUAUAUGGAAAUACAGAUCAUUUUCAUUUUUUCGAGUAUCAGAUAAUAGCAGUACACAGAUAUUGAAUUUAAAUUUACUAUCCUCUUUUAUAGGAUAUAUAAAUAUUUUAUCGUGCCUCGGAACAAGCCGUAUCAUGCAAUUUGGUUUUUCACAAACAGAUCCGUUUUUUGCAAUAUCAGUUCUUAUAACAGCCGUUUUUCCAUCAAAAUAAUUACCAGGAAAAAGUAAUGUUGUAUCAUGCGUAAUAAAUGCAUUUACUCUUCCUAUAUCAUUACAACUGGAUAUCGAUAUAGUGCUCCAAAUAUUUUCCUCGGGAUGAUAAAUAUAAAAAGAUGACUUCAGCACGAACAAUUUUCCAUUUUUAACACAAUGAGGUGGAACACUAGUAAAACAUUCAGGAAUAUUUGAACCAGACGUCCAGUUACCUGUGUGAAUAUUAAGAAUAUCGACUGAAGACAAUUUUAAUCUAUGUUUUCCUACACCACCAACUAAAAUCAAUUUGUUUCUUAAAAAUACGGCGAUCAUAUGUCUCCUUGGAACUGGUAAUUGUGCUUCGUAAUACCACUUUUUAGAUAGAAGGCAAUACCGUGAAAUUAUUUUAUUAAAUUGCGAACCUUCCAAACCUACGCAUCCUCCAAUUGUAUAUACACUGAAACCUCUAGUAACAACUUGUGUUCCAAAUAACCAUGUGUUUGGGUAUUCAAUACUUUUUAAUUUUAUACGCUCAUUUAAAACAUUACCAUCCCAAAUAUACAAAUAUGCAUUUUUUGCGCCGUAAUCCUGUUUGUCACCAUUGUCACACUCAUGGAUAACUGUCCAAGCCUUUAUAAACUUCAGUUGUCUUUCUCCUUUGAUAUCAAUAAGAUUCGUUGUCUAUACGAUGUUUCAUCCAUUGAUCUUUUAUAUGUUGCAAAUAAAAUUCUGAAUAGUAUCUUAAAUUAACAUUGUUUAAUAACUUAACUAUAUUAUCUGCGUUCAAUUUGAUGAGUGAAGAUAGAGGAAGUUCUUCAAAACGGUCUAAACAAAGAGAUAUACAAAUAUCUUGUAAUACUUUUACACUUAAUUCCUGUGCUAAUAACCAUAUGUCAAUUACUUUCUGUGGAUCCAACCAAUAUAAAACUAUAAUUUCUAUAAUGUCAGUUGUUAAUUCGUCAACCAUAAACAAUACGCUCAACUGUAGCAAUAUUAAUAAUCCUUUAAAAUUCUUUUGUAGAAAUUUGGUCAAAGAAACCUUUAUGGGCUGAUAAAAAACACACAAGUGAUUCUUAUUGUGUACCCACUGAACAAAUAACCUGUAAAGUGCAUAAAGAAAUGUCAUAAUUAAUAACAUGUUCCUCGUUGUUGGAAUCACUAAAAUUGUGCGAGAAAAGAGACGCAAAGUAUUGACUUUUGCUCGCAAGUUGUUUUUUGUUCACUUUUAUACGGUGAUUAUUAAGUACCAAAGUUAAAUAUUGCGUCAUGGUGUGUUCGGUAUUACUUGUCGAAUAUAAGCACUUGUUUAAAACGACCUCAUAAAAUUUUGUUUCGGUUGUCUUGACAAAUUGUUAAAAACGGUCGUACGAAACAAUACAGGUAACGUCAAAAGGUUAGAAUACACAAAUCACUUUGGCAAGAAGUUCCAAUCAACUGCAAGUCAAAUGAGCGAGUACAUGCUUUAAUUUAAGACUUGUAUUUCAUUUCAAUUUGAAACGAUUCUAUUCGGACUUUGGUUUGCAAACAAUAAGACACAAAUUGAAAUAAUAUGUUGAUGUUUAUAUCUCAUAUUCGUCCUCACAUCCUGGAACAUACUCGUUGACUUGUACGUCUCCUUAGUUUUAAAUGCUCUCAAAGACAUUGUUUACUAAUAAACAUAAUAAACAUACAGUAGGAUAUAUUUAUGUCUUUCCAAACAAAAUCUUAACGUAUGUACAAUACAGUAUUUCGAAAUAAUUUACGACGUAACGCGACUUUUUUUUCAUUGGGUAGACUUGAAAAAAUAUAUAAAAUAAAUAUCAUAAAAUAAUACACAUAUACAUGUAUUGUAUUGUAUGUUAUACAAUAAAUGAUAGAAUCGUUUGCACAAAAACAUUAAAUUAAAUGUUUAAAUUUUUUCUUUUGUUUAUUCUUUUUUAAAUUUUUAAUUAUAGUCACGGUCAUACUUGAUUUCAAUUCCAAUUGGUGGUAAUGCAAUAUCUACUAAAUUAGUGAUAUUUGUAAUUAUACAAAAAGAUAAUGCAAAGACUGAUUACAUUGUUCUUAAAUUGUAUGAUGUAAAAAUACAUUGAUGCUAGAUCUAUCUCAGAUUUCAUCCGUGACCAAAUAUUUUUCGAGUUGUUGAAUCGCAGUGCAGACAACUGUUUUUGCGUUAAAUGCAGAAUAUAGAUGCUUCGCGUCGUUAGCAUGUGAAAAGUACAAGCAUUGAAUUUAUGAUUAAUCCAAAUGGAAAAGUUUCGUAAACAAUCUGAAAUGUUGUAUAAUUAGUAUUAACCUAUAUUGAUAUUUACGCAUUUUACAUAUCUUCGACGCAUCUUUGUAGUCUCGAGGCACAAUGGAUCAAGAACUGAUAGAAAAAUUUAUGGAAGUGACGGGGGAAAAUGAAGCAACAGCCCGCCAAUACUUGUCAUUAGCUGAGGGAAAUGUGGAAACCGCAAUAAGUUUAAUGUUUGAUGGUAGUCAAGCACCUGAACCAUUAUGUACACCUGAUCCAGAACCUGAAGUCAGACCACCAAUUCUGCCUGUACAAGAAGUAUUAGUACCGUCGGGUCCAAUAUGUUCUCUUCCAAGAUUAUCAACUAAUGUAUUUGACAGAUUCAGAGAUUUUGCUGUAGAAACUCAACGGCAGGAAGAAGAAAUGACUCGGAAGGUAGCAGGAGUUAAACAAAUGUCUUAUUGCAAAUCAAAGAGAUUGGAGGACUUAUUUCGUCCACCGUGUGGUAUUCUCUUCCUAGGUUCUUUUAUGGAAGCUCGUGAGCAUGCUAAAUCAUUGAACCGUUGGUUACUUGUAAAUAUUCAAAAUCCUCAAGAAUUUUCCUGUCAGAUCCUCAAUAGAGAUGUAUGGUCCAACCAGCAGAUUCAAGAAAUUAUAAAGGAUCACUUUAUUUUGUGGCAAGUUUUGUCAAAUACAAGUGAUGGAAGUCGUUAUGUGCAUCUGUAUGAUGUAUAUGAAUAUCCUUAUCUUGCUAUAAUAGAUCCUAGAACAGGAGAAUGUGUGAAAACUUACAAUCAUAUUACAGUAGAUAUUUUAAUGUCUGCAUUAAAUGAUAUGUUGAGCUCUCAUCCAUCACCAGAAUGUGUUUCAAAUGAUUCAAUGCAUUCUAAAAAAUGGAAUAACUGUACUGCCACAGCAACAAAAGAAAGUUCUGCAUCUAAUUCAUCAGUAGUAUAGAUAUUAAGAAUGAUGUAACAACUAUUCAAAGUUCAAGUAGAAGUAUGUCAGCUGAUGCACUUCAAAAUAUAACUAAAAAAAGAAAAAUGAACGAAUCAGAUGAAUUGAACGAAAAAAGACAAGAAAUAAGUUCAAAGAAUUUCAUAAAUACAAUGGAGAGUAUGGGUUACACAUCGACCGAUCAUACUUAUUUAGUGCCAUUUCCGAAAACAAAUAUUGGAGCAUAUUCUCCACAAACACAUUUAUCAGAUACAAUUUUAUUUCCAGCAAAUACAGUAUUUAUAACAAAAAUAUAGUGAUCUAUUAGAUAAAAUGCAAUAUAAUGCAAGUAUUUCCUUUUAACUAUGGAAUAUAUUAUAAGUUCAACAAAUAUUACGUAUCUAAAUAUAUAGAAAUAUAUUAUCACAUAUAUAUAUAUAAUAUAUAUAUAU